CGUCGGUGCGCCGCGCUCGUGGCCGCUGGCCCGCAUGCCUCACCAACGGACAUGCCGGCAUGCACGGCCUCGACCGCAGCUCUGGGCCGGUCGAUUGAGUGAGCUCGAUGUAGCCUCCUUACCACCACUACGCCAGCCACUUCUUCUCUCCUUGCCAGCAUGGAGAAGCACAGCCCGCCCGGCGGCGCGGCCCUGCAGGCGCGCUACGCCGCCACGCUGGCACACGCCCACGCCGACCGGCGCCCGCCGGCGUGGCAGCGCGCCGUGCUGCUGCUGUUCCUCGCGCUGCUCGUCUACCACGCACUCGUCGGGCGACAGCAGCUGGGAGAGCUGCGGCAUAGCUUAGCUGAGCUGCUGCACCUUGAGGAGGAUGAGGAGUGACGGCGCGCCAAAAGGAAGCAUCAAGCAGGAGAAAACGGCUCUCCCGUGUGCACCUACCACCACACGCGGCUAGCCAGCCGAGACGCUACGACCGAGGGCAAGACGCAAGAGACGCAAGGGUCUCGGUGUCAGGCAUUUGCGAAUAUUGAGACCCAAAGCUCGAGCACAGAGCUGACGCACGAACGGGCGGACGAGGACAAGUCACUCUGAAUGCGACCCCGCGUCCCUGGCCGUCUGCGAGCAGCAUUCACUCUUCGCUUCCGGGAACCUCGACCGACCACGCCUUACCUUCCUCAAGGGCCUCGACAGCGUACUCUGCGACCCACCUCCGCCGCCAAUGCCGCCGCAGGAGCGCGCGGCCGAGGCGGCUUUGCUCGCGUGGCUGCGGCGACGCGGCGUCGCGGCGAGAUUGGCCGCGUGCGGGGAAGGCGAAGGCUGCGAUGUGGAGA